AUGUCGCACUCUCCCCCUUCGCAGGACUCUGUGACAGAGGAGGGCAAGGGAGGUGAUGCCAAGCAUACUGAGAAGGUCGAGGUUGUGGACACUGUUCAUCAAGAUGAGGCUCUCAAAGUCCUAGAGAACUAUACGGGCGUUGUGACCUGGACACCCGCUGAAGAGAAGAGACUGUACUAUGACAAGGCGAUGCUUUCGCAAGCCGCGUUGUUCGGGCUUCGCGAUGACCUGGAUAUGAUCGAAGGCAGCCGUUACUCCUUCUCAGCAUCUAUAUUCUACCUGGGCUUCAUAGUGGGGGCAUACCCGGCCAUGACCCUCGCGCAAUUGUACCCCAUUGAGCGUGUUGCUUCUCUGAUCACGACUCUUUGGGGCAUCUGCUUGACACUCACUCCUGUAUGCUACAAUUAUCAAGGACUCUACGCACAACGAUUCUUCCUCGGAUUGCUAGAGGCGGGUAUCAGUCCUAUGUUUAUGCUCAUCGUGGGAAGUUGGUACAAGAAGGACGAACAAGCCCUCCGCAUGGGUGUCUGGUACUGCUGGACUGGAUACGUUUCCAUUUUCUCUCCCCUUGUAAACUACGGACUCGGCCACAUCCGAGGGACUCUCUCACCCUGGAAAUAUAUGUAUCUAUUCUCCGGCGCAAUCACUAUCCUCUGGGGAAUCGCUAUUCUUUUCCUCCUCCCUUCAGAUCCCAUCCGAGCAAAAGGGUUCGAUGACCGCCAACGAUUCAUUUCCGUUGCGCGUCUUCGCGUCAACAACUCCGGGGUACGCAAUACGCACUACAAGAAAGGCCAAGUAACCGAGCUACUCAUGGACGUUAAAUUCUGGCUCAUGUUCCUCAUCGCGUUUCUGAGCAUGAUAGCAAACGGUCCCAUAUCGGCAUUCACGCCCAUCAUCAUCUAUUCGAUGGGUUUCAAUACUUUGAAUUCGUUGCUGCUCAUGAUGCCGGCUGGCUUCUAUGCUGGGACACUACAGCUGCUUGCUCCAUACUUGGCUUAUCGAUAUGCUCGUGUCGGAAUUCGGUCGUGGCUAGUUUUCCUGGAUUGUAUAUCGGAUACUGUCUUGGUGAGUUCGUCCGAUAUGGCGAGACAGCCAGCCAGCCUGACUGUGACAGGAAACUUCGUCGGGCCUAUGGUAUUUGAGGAGAAAGACGCCCCUCGCUAUGCUCCUGGGUUUAUUGUAGUCAUUGCGACCUCGAUAGCAGCUGGCCUUCUGGUACUUGUGUAUCGAUACCUUUGUGUCUGGGACAAUCGACGACGCGACAAGCAAGGGGCUGAAGGGUUCGGUAAUGCUUAUCAGGAUGAUCUGACAGACAUGACGAACCCGGAGUUUCGUUACAUUCUUUAA